AUGGAAGAAGCCGCUGCCUUUGAAAUGCCAGUGCAGUUAAGACAACUUUUUGUCGACAUAUGUUGCCACUGUCGUCCGACGAACGCGCAACUUCUUUUUAAUAACAACCUACAGCAUCUCACUGAAGACUACCAAAGAAAUGGCCAUGGAGAAGAAGUGGCCAAAAAUCUAGCGUUAAAAUGGAUUCAAGAUAAGAUAGUGCAAAAUGGUGAAAAAUAUGAAGAUUUUGAACUACCCAUACCUGAUUUCCAACUAAUUGAUAGACUUAUUUCCGCUGAAAUUGAAGAAAAUGAUGAGAAUGUCCAAAGACAAAAGAAAUUGAGAGGGGAAAUGAUGAUGGCUAAAUUAAAUGUUGGUCAACGAGCGGCAUUUGAUCAAAAAAUGACCGCAAUCAAUGAUGAAAACUCUCCUCAAUCACGUCAAUUCUUCUUAGAUGGUCUUGGUGGAACAGGGAAAACAUUUCUCUACAAUACUCUAAUCAACGUUCUUCAGGGUGAAGGAAAAAAGAUCAUUGCUGUCGCUUCAACUGCAAUCGCUUCAACACUGUUGAUUGAUGGAGCCACUUAUCAUUCUCAGUUUAAAAUUUAUCCGCCCAUCACAGAAACAACCAGAUCGAAAAUAGAAGAACACCACUUCUCGGCGAAAUUGAUAAGGGGUGCCGCACUAAUCAUCGAGGACGAAGCUACUGUUAUGACCAACCACGCUCUCAAUGCGAUUAAGCACGUCACUGAAAAAGUGACUAAGAAUAACAAGCCUUAUGGAAUUAAAGUCCUUCUCCUCGGGGGAGACUUUAGACAAUGUUUGCCAGUAGUCAAACAUGGAAAUCAGGUUAAGGUAGUUGAAGCUACCAUUAAAAACUGCGACAGUUGGUCCACCUUUCGUCACCUUCGUUUAACAGAAAACAUGCGCACCACGGCGGGAAGUCAAGAGUACGCAAAUUGGCUGAUUGAACUGGGAAAUGGGACGUUACCAACAACAGCAAAUUUGAGUUCAGAUGUCGUUGAAAUCCCUCCUGACUUCCUGAUUACCGAAGAAUAUGCUAAGUCUUUGAAUAUCACCGGAGAUGACCAAGAUCAAAGAAUCAAUGCUUUAAUUCAUCACGUGUUCGGUGAUCCAAAGCAUCUAUUGGAUCAAGAUAUCUCUGAAGAAGUUAAUUCCCGUGCGAUAUUAUGCCCCAAGAAUGAUGAAUGUUUGAAGAUAAACAAUGCAAUAAUCAAAAACAUGCCUGGUGAGCAGUGUGUUCAUAAGAGCAUAGACACAAUCACAGGUGAUGAGGAAGAAGUUGCUAAUUUCCCAACAGAAUUCCUCAACACGUUGAAAAUAUCUGGAAUUCCACCUCAUACGUUAAAACUCAAAGUUGGUGCCAUAAUAAUGCUUCUGAAGAAUAUAGACUCAAGACGAGGACUAUGCAACGGAACAAGAUUAGUCAUCAAACAGCUCCGUCAAAACGUUAUCGUUGCAGCAAUUUCUUCUGGAAAAAAUAAAGGACUUUGUGUGUUCAUUCCAAGAAUGAACAUGUCUCCAACAGAUUCAGAUCUGCCGUUCACCUUAAAUAGACUGCAAUUCCCAGUGCUUCUCGCCUUUGCCGUAACCAUAAACAAAUCACAAGGUCAGACGUUCCAUCGUGUUGGCAUUCUUCUUCAAGAACCUGUUUUCAGCCAUGGACAAUUGUACGUUGCCUUUUCCAGAGCGACUUCAAGAGAAGGAGUCAAAGUCGUUUGCAUAGAAGGUGCAAAACAAGGCAAAAUGCUCAACAAAUCUACAACAGUACAAGACCGGGAAAAGGUUUUCACACAUAAUAUUGUGUAUAAAGAAGUUCUUUCAUCAACUUAA